AUGGGUGUGAGGCUGUCCCAGGGCAUGAUGUUGCUGCUGCUGCUGCUACUGGGACUGGGGACUCGGGGAGCCAGAGCCUCAAGAGCUUGUGGACAGCCCAGGAUGCUCAACAGGAUGGUGGGCGGCCAGGAUGCCCUGGAGGGCGAGUGGCCCUGGCAGGUCAGCAUCCAGCACAACGGGAGCCACGUCUGUGGGGGCAGCCUGAUCUCGGAGCAGUGGGUCCUGACAGCUGCGCACUGUUUUACCAACACUUCGGAGACGUCCCUCUACCGGGUCCUGCUGGGUGCGCGGCAGCUUGUGCAGCCAGGGCCGCACUCCAGCUAUGCCCGGGUAAGGCGGGUGGAGAGCAACCCGCUGUACGAGGGCAUGGCCUCCAGUGCUGACCUGGCCCUGGUGCAGCUGGAGCAGCCAGUGACCUUCACCAACUACAUCCUCCCUGUGUGCGUGCCCGACUCCUCAGUUGUCUUUGAGGCGGGCAUGAGCUGCUGGGUCACCGGCUGGGGCAGCCCCAGUGAGCAAGACCGCCUGCCCAGUCCCCGGGUGCUGCAAAAGCUCAAGGUGCCCAUCAUGGACACACCACGGUGCAACCUGCUGUACAGCAAGGAUGCUGUGGCCGGUUUCCAGCCCAAGACCAUCAAGGAGGACAUGCUCUGUGCCGGCUUUGCAGAGGGCAAGAGAGAUGCCUGCAAGGGUGACUCAGGAGGCCCCCUUGUGUGCCUCGUGGGCCAGGUGUGGCUGCAGGCUGGGGUGAUCAGCUGGGGUGAAGGCUGUGCUCGCCGGAACCGCCCAGGUGUCUACAUGCGGGUCACCGCCCACCACCACUGGAUCCACCAGAUCAUCCCAGACCUGCAGUUUCAAUCGGGGAGGUUGGGGGGCCAGAGAGGAGACACCCGGGGCCAGCAGCCUGUGGACCAGAACUUGGCGCCCUGCCUGGUGGCCCAUACAGUCCUGCUAGGCCUCACAGUGCUGCUGGCCGCCCUCUGA